UUAAUCUUCACGCCGUCGUCGCCUGCCUUCUUCUUCUUCACACCAUCUGACGCGUCACCACCGUCCGAUCCACCAGCACACCCACGACUCCACCAGCACACACGUCUUCUUCUUCGGCCUUACACGUUAUUAGGUUGCUUUGAUCUGUGAAUAGGUCCAAGAGUAAUAUUUGUAGGAAUAUAACCUUCUAAAAAAGAUCCACAGCAAAAUGGGUGAAGACCAUAUCAAAAACAAACUAAACGAGCCAUAAAUGGCCGAGUUGCUCAAAUAAGGCUCGAAUAGCUUUUUAUUUGGGCUCGGGCUCGAGUCAGGCUCUUUUCAAAUUUUAAUUACAUCUCGAGCUCGAGCCAAUCCGAGCCUAUCGAGUCCCGGCUCGGCUCGAUAUGGUUUACUUAGCGAGCUCAAGCCAAGGCAUUUAUCUAACGAGCCGAGCUCGGACAAGGAUUCUAAAGCUUGGCUCGAUUAGAGGGCUUCUUAAACGAGCCAGUCCAAAAAAUGUCAAACUCGGCUCGGCUCGAUUACAUCCCUUAUUGACAAGAGCAACGAUGGAAGAUGUAGCAGUAAUGAGAGGAGACAAACUGAUAUUGAGAGGGUUGAAGUUCCAUGGAUAUCACGGGGUGAAGCCAGAAGAAAAUAAGCUGGGUCAGAAGUUCUUGGUGGACGUUGAUGCCUGGUUGGACCUUCGGCAGGCUGGUAAUUCUGAUUGUUUGUCAGAUACCGUUAGUUACACUGAUAUUUAUCGAAUAGUUAAAGAAGUUGUGGAAGGACCUGCUCAGAAUCUUCUAGAGUCAGUGGCUCAGCUCAUUUCGUCCACCACUUUCACGAACCACCCGCAGAUAUCUGCUGUUCGUGUGAAAGUUGGAAAGCCUCAUGUUGCUGUUCCUGGUUCUGUUGACUACCUGGGCGUUGAGAUUCUGAGAUACAGAAGUGUAGAUGUACCAAACUAAGCAUUUUUUUGUACCCUUUUUUGUCCUUGCUGGGCCACUUUUUAUUUAAAUGAAUGCAAACGGGAGAAAGGAAGGAGACAUUGUAGGGGGAUUGACGUCUAAUUUCUUGUUCUGCUGUAAACAAUUUGUACGUUUCAUACAUUAUACAUGCUACUUGAAACUGAAACUGAAUGAAAUUAUUCUCCACAAAUACUUUCAACCAAA